CAAUGGGAACACUGACAAUAUUCGAAUCUACAACAAAAAGAUGUGUAAACACUGCCAAAAUCUCUUAUUAUCUCUUGAAACUAGAUUGGAAAGAAUAGGGAAAAAGAUCAAUCUUAUAUGAAUCUCAAUGACUCACUCUUCAACCCCUCGUCUCUUUCUGCCGUUCACUACAAACUAUUUCUCACAGAGUCAGACUGCUUUUAUAGGAGAAAAGAAUGGGAAAGAAGGUUGUUGGGGAUGAAGAAUAAAUGGGGCAAUGAAGUGGGGUAGUUGGAAAAUCAACCAUCAUCUGCACAAGAGUUAAAAGUCAACGAUGAAUAUGUUAAUCCUCAGGUGAAGUUGUAACUUUCUAAUUUGUUUGAGGUUCUAUGUUUGUCAUGGGCUCAUAGUUAUUAUGUUAAAGGAUACAAACAAACAUUUCUUUCAGAAAAAAACAAACAAACAAAAGAUUGACCACCUAAGAAGAAAAAUUAAACAAAGACUGACAUGAACAAUAUUUAAUUUCUUUUAUUUUUGGUACAAAGUUAAGAAGUACUUUCGAUGUCAAGUUCUUAUGCUAAUUAUUGUAUUUGGUUGUUCAGUUUGUUAUUAUGAGAGGCUUCAAAAAUUCUUCCCAUAUUGUAACGGGUGUUUAAAGCAUUUGUUUGAUAAAUAUAAAUAUGUCAGUCCCUUGUUUGAUACUUUAAUAUAAAAAAUACUUAAAACUUUUGGAUAAUAGCCGUCUAUAUUGACAAUUAUGAGAAUCAACUAUUGGCUUGAUGCUGCCAACUGACAAACAUUGCUUAGAAGACUAUGAACUUGCCCAUCUAUGUAUUUUUCACUCAAUCUUAUUACUUCUCCUGAAAGUAUUUCAACAUUAGGAUAAAUUUGAAAAAAUUUAUGAUACUAAUUCAAUCCUGUUCCAGAUUUGGUUUAAAAUUAAGCCUCUCUCUUUUAAUUCUGCUUUCCCCCUUUUUAAGGGGGUGAUUGGUUGGGAAAUGAUUCUCUGCAUGAAACUCUAUUUGUAUUUCUACCUUCCUUAACACACAAAUAUGGUUUAUUAAUGUUUCAUAUGCCAUUAUUGAAAUGCUUUGUUUCAACAGGGGAGUCUCUGGAUUCCUUCACUUUGAGUAGUGCUUUGAGGGCCUCUAUUGGAGGUAGUGGUCUCACGAAGGUUAGUCAAGUACAUGGAUUGAUCAUCAAACUAGGUUUUGGAGCACAUAGCAUGCUAGCUGGAUCCCUCAUUGAUGCUUACGCAAAAUGUGGAAGCAUCAAGAGCGCUUAUCAAUUAUACAAGAUAAUGAUAGAAAAGGAUAUAAUUUCUUGCACUGCUUUGAUAGCUGCAUUUGCACGUUUUGGCAGAUACACAAAGGAUGCAUUUGAUCUUUUCAAAGAAGUAAAGUUAAUGCAGAUGAGAUUAGAUGAUGUUAUAUUAUGCUCCAUGCUUAAUAUAUGUGCCAAUGCUGCAUCUUUAAGUGUUGGGAGACAAAUACAUGCUUUUACUUUAAAAUGUCAACCUAGUUAUGAUGUGGCAACGGGAAAUGCUCUCAUUGAUAUGUAUGCCAAAUCUGGAGAAGUUGAAGAUGCUACCCUUGCUUUUAAUGAGAUGGGAGAGAGAAAUGUGAUUUCUUGGACAUCAUUGAUUGCAGGAUAUGGGAAGCAUGGAUAUGCUGAUAAAGCAAUUGCACUAUAUAAGAAGAUGGAAUGUCACGGCGUGAAACCAAAUAACGUCACAUUCUUAUCCCUCCUUUUUGGUUGUAGCCAUACUGGAUUGAUUGGCGAAGGAUGGAAGAUAUUCAAUACCAUGGUUAGCAAAUACAAUAUUUCACCUAGAGCUGAGCAUUGUUCUUGCAUUGUAGAUCUCUUUGCACGUGGUGGGCAGUUAGAACUAGCUUAUUCUUUGAUAAGUGAAAUGAAUAUAAAGCCUAGCCCAUCACUUUGGGGUUCUCUUCUUGGAGCAUGUAGAAUCUAUGGAAACAUGGCUCUUGGAGAAGUAGUAGGUAUGCAUCUUCUAAAUAUAGAACCAGAGAAGUCGGCUACUUAUGCUGUUGUCAUUCCACUUGCUCAGACUCAUACAAUGAUUUUUAUCUAUUUGUGCAAAGGUGGUGAUGUCAUUCUUAACCUAGCUAUCUUUGAAGGUGGAAAGUAUUUGGCUAGAAAGUGUUGA